UGGCUCAAACCACUGGCGGCAAAAAUUGAUACGUGUUUGGGUAGUGGGUGGGGGGUGAUGACGUGCAGAUGAUUUUUUGGAUACCGCUCCCAGCCAAUGAAGUGCUGGAUUUCUUAUACGCGAACCCAUUCAAAGCGUCAUGGUGAAGACAACAAUGGUGGCUAGGGUGUCCGAUGGACUACCACUUGCAGCAAGCAUGGACGAUGAACAGUCCGAGACCGAGCUCUCUGAAUACAAAGGACAAGCUAAAACCAUCUUCCGACGACUCAAUCUUAAUUCUGAACCAAGGUGCUCCAUUGAAUCUGGCAACUACAUAUUCCACUACAUCAUCGAAAAUGGUGUGUGUUAUCUUUGUAUUUGCGAAAAGUCAUAUCCACGAAAACUAGCCUUCAGCUACCUUGAAGAACUUGCCAAAGAAUUCAAUCUCAGCUAUGGCAACGAGGUGGACAAGCCUGGUCUUCGACCAUAUGCAUUCGUAAAGUUUGAUACGUUUAUGCAAAAGACAAAGAGAAUAUACCAGGAUACCCGGACGCAACAUAAUUUGACCAAGCUCAAUGAAGACUUGCAAGACGUGACUCGAAUUAUGACCAAAAAUAUGGAAGAUCUUUUGUGGCGCGGCGACAGUCUUGACCGUAUGAGCCAUAUUUCCGGGGAGUUGAAGGAUAGUGCUAAAUUGUUUAAGGACAAGGCACGCGAUUUAAAUUUGCAGGCAUUGUAUCGUAAAUACGGGCCACCUGCCAUUGUGAUUCUCAUUCUUUUCUCCUGAAUAUGAUACUUCCCCCUUAAGGUACCACACUCAGAUGGAACUAACGUCAAGAGCGGCCAGCGAAGCGGGGAAGGUAUUCCGAUAUUUCAAUUGGAAAGUCUUGCAACGACGUAAUGGGUGGAGAACCAAAGAACAUCUUUUCAUUGGUCCGGUUCGAAGUCUCAGCUAUUGAAACACUCUGAGUGUGAUUGAGUUGUCAGUCACGGGCAAAUUUUGUCUUGACACAAAAACUUUUUUGCCAUAUCCUGCCGUCGGCGGAAUAUUAACAAAAAAAUAUUAGACUCGCUUAUGCCAGA